UUUUUUAGAGGAAGGGGAGCAUUCUCAACAAAAGAUCCUGAUCUGGACAUCUGUCCCUGUAGAGUGAAUAGAAGGUUGAAGAAGGAACUAUUCACAUGCAAAUAGAGGCCUAUAUAUAUAUUGCUAGAGCGGGAAACUGUCCCAAGGACCCAGACAGAAGGAAAUCUGCAGAAAGGAAGCGACAACUAUAGGCAAACGCAGUGAGAAAAAAACAAAAAAGGAUACGGGUAACAAUUAGAGGGGAAAGGAGAUCAGACUGAACUAUGGAAAGUGGAAACAAGCAGGCUGCAAAGUCAGGAGCAGCCAGGAGCCACCUGAAGCUGUCCAACGCCAAGGAGGAGAGGAAGCUCAGGAAGCCUCUAAUUGAACGGAAGAGAAGAGAGAGAAUUAAUUAUUGCCUGGAACAGCUGAAAGAGACAGUGGUCAGGGCAUUCCAGCUCGAUCAAUCCAAGCUGGAGAAAGCAGAUAUUUUGGAAAUGACAGUGAGACAUCUGGAGAAUAUUCAGAAAAGCAAAAGUACAGGUGAGCCUCCUCAAGGCCUGGAUUCUCUCCAGAGAUUUAGCACUGGAUACAUUCAGUGUAUGCAUGAGCUUCACACUCUGCUGAUUACCAGCGACUGGAUGGACCCUUCCCUGGGAGCACGUAUGCUCAAUCACCUCCUGAAAUCCCUUCCCAAGACCAAGGAUGGGAUAACCAAACCACAGCAAGACUGGAAGGAAAGCCACUGGAUGGCUUCUUCACCAGCACUACUUGAACAUGAUAUCAAGAAAAGGUCCGCUUGUUCCCGGGGUGACAUCGAGGAUAAGCAGACACAGUGCCCCUUCGCUGGCCAACUAAAUAUGUGGAGGCCCUGGUGACAGUCCGCCACCACGUUAAUAAAAGGGGCCUCGUAGUGCAGUCAUUCUUUAUAGAAGAAUAAAGACCAGAGUAACCCUGUUGUUGGCUAUAGAUUCUCUUCUAUAUAAUUAUAAUUAUAUCUUAUAGAUAUGCUCUGUUUAACACUUUGGGGGCAUGCCCCACUAGGUGUAUGUACUAAAGACCAGGUGCUUCAGGCUGAAGCCCCACAUUUGUAGCCUGCAUUGUAGAAGGCUUAUUUUCUCCCCACCUAUUUAUUACAAAGCCCCCUUGUAUAACAUCCCUGUCCAUCUGUAAUAAACUGCCUAAGCUAUUGUGUCUUGUAUUUUUGUUAGUAAAAUAAAAGCUUAUUAAACUAUU